AGUUCAGGGAUAAUAGGAUCUUUGUAUAGUAUAAGUGUGUUUCUGAGAUUUCUGGCAUAGGUUGAGGGGGUACUUGUGCAUUAUCCCUCGUUUCUGUAAGGAAAAGAAUUUGAAGAAAUUUUAGGUCUCAUCGAAUCACAUGUAUAGAUAUUGAUAACUCACCCUCAGUCACAUGUUGAUGUGACAUGAACUCAAUUUCUCCAUGUGUUUCCCAGACCCAGUGAGAUAUUACUUUUUGGACAAGGUUAGCUUAUGUGUUGGCAAGCUAAUUGUGGAAGUGAUUUUAGAUUAAUAAUGUGUAUGUAUUCGAUACAAAAUUUUAACUAUAAACUUAUUGAGUUGUAUUGAUUCGUAAUUGAUACUUUAGCUCUGUCCUGCUUAAACCGGGGAGGAGGGUGGUUGGAAUACAUCACUUCAUUUCUCCUGCAUCUUUUCUGUCCUGGAUAUUCUUUUGUGAGGUAUAAUUCGCUUGUCCGAUGUAGUCUUAACACACAUAGGGAAAAUCAAAUUAAUCGAGGCUUCAAUAUAAGUAUCGAACGAUGGGUGGAAAGUGAAAAAAAUGAAGUCUCUGCCUUGGAAAUAUUGUUAUGAAUGAGUCAUUUGUUAACUAGUUUAUUGGCAAACAUCAUUGUCUUCUCAAUUCUAAAAUAUGUGAUGAUAGCUACAUUAAAAUCAACAUUCAAAAUCCUCCAAGAAAGGGAAAAAGAACAAAUAUAUUCUCGAACUAUCGUAAAUGUUACGUAGAUACCUUUAUCAUAUUUUAGGGACAUUGAUGCUUCUGCUGUCCAAAAACUAGAGCGUAUGCUCUUUUUCCACAACACAGCCAUUCCAUAAAAAAGUUGAUCUCGACGAGUUACUAGACACUCCACGCAUGCACAAACACUCAAACUUGAUCUCGACCAGUUACUAGACACUCCACGCAUGCACAAACACUCAAACUUGAUCUCGACCAGUUACUAGACACUCCAUAAGAGUCUGCAUCUCGACACCUUAAUUUAGUCUCGACUAGCCACCAAAUGCUCCAACUCAUCGCCAUUGUGUCUCAUGGACACUUGACACGUAACUAUUGGAGGUCCCGAGAUGUACGUACUAAAAGUUGGAGUUUUUACUUAUCCGCUAAAACCAAGUUUGAAUGGUGAGGCUAGCCUAUAUAAAAGCUUUUUCAUUUCCCACCAUUUGAAAGAGUAGAAGCUCAAUCAUGCCAUUGACAACAAAAUCCUAUUCACAACUCAACAAUACAUCCACAAAAAUCCUCAAUUUCUUGAACAAAACCUCAAUUUCACCUUCUCAAAUCUCCCAAAUCCAAGCUCAAAUCAUCCACAACAAUCUCCAUUUCAACACCACCAUAGCUCACAACUUCAUCUCUGUUUCCAAAUCUUUAGGUCUCUUUAACUCUGCUUACACCCUUUACACUAAACUCAUCAAGAAACCCCACAUCUUCAUCUGCAACACACUGAUUCAAGAAUGUUCACAUUCCGAAAUCCCAUUCCUCAAACAGAAUUCGAUUUCUAUGUAUGUUCAUAUGCAUAAAGAAGGUAUUUUUCCGAAUAAUUACACGCACCCUUUUGUUCUAAAGUCUUUAUCUGAUCUUAAGGAGCUAAAAUUAGGCAAAUCUGUACAUACCCAUGUUGUGAAAUGGGGUUAUGUUUGUGAUAUUUAUGUGCAGAAUUCAUUGUUGAAUUUGUAUGCUUCUUGUGGUGAAAUUGAGUUUUGUCAGCAAGUGUUCGAUGAAAUGCCUGAGAGAGAUGUUGUUUCGUGGACGGUUUUGAUUAUGGGGUAUAGAGAUUGUGGGAAGUUUGGUGAUGCACUUGUUGUGUUUGAGAAAAUGAAGGAUUCGGGUGUGGCGCCUAAUCGGGUGACGAUGGUGAAUGCAUUGUCUGCUUGUGCUAAUUGUGGUGCUUUAGAUAUGGGGAUGUUGAUACAUGAUGAAAUAAGGAGGAGUGGAUGGGCCAUGGAUGUGAUUUUGGGUACUUCUUUGAUAGAUAUGUAUGGGAAGUGUGGGAAAAUCGAACACGGUUUUUGGGUAUUUCAAGAGAUGAAACAUAGGAAUGUGUAUACUUGGAAUGCUGUGAUCAGAGGGUUGGCGUUGGCUAAAAGCGGGGAGGAGGCAGUGCGAUGGUUCUUCAUUAUGGAGCGCGAAGAUGUCAAACCUGAUGAAGUGACUUUAGUAGCCGUGCUUUGUGCUUGUGCGUAUACAGGAAUGGUUGCACAGGGAAGAGAACUUUUUUCCUGGUUGAUGAAUGAGAAGUAUGGAUUUCCACCUGGUGUGAAACAUUACGCGUGUAUGGUUGAUCUAUUAGCGCGUUCAGGACAUUUAGAAGACGCGUUAAGCAUGAUCACAGACAUGCCAAUGGAACCAACGAAGAGCGUUUGGGGAGGAUUGCUUGCUGGCUGCAGGUUACAUGGAAAUCAAGAACUGAGUGAGUUUGCUGCAUGGAAGCUUAUAGGAUUGGCACCAAGAAACUCGGCCUAUUACGUUGUGUUGGCUAACUUAUAUGGUGCAAUGGGAAGGUGGAAUGACGCGGAGAAAAUUCGAGCUUUGAUGAAAGAUAGGGGAUUAUCAAAGGACUUGGGUAGUAGUUCAGUUGAGCUAGAGGAUCAAAAGGAUCUACUAGAGUUGUUAAGGUGAGAGUCAAGAUUCUUGUCAUUUGCAAAAGAAGGAAGUUAAUGUGUUUGAUUGAACUUUUGUUUGAUAACUCCUACAAUGAUCUUGUGGUAGAUUAAGCAUCAAUGAAACAUGAAAGAGAAAUUGUCACCUUAAUGUCCUA